AUGGCCCAACCUGCCUGUUACCAUUUGAGGAGCAGGAGGACGGAUGAAAGUCCAAUUCCAGUAAAGCCGCUGAAGGCCAGGCUUACACAGCCCAAAACUCCACUGCUUCAAACAAGACAGCGCUUCAGACCUGUAACUUGCAAGAGUGCAGCUGAGUUGGAGGCAGAGGAAAUAGAGAAGCUCCGACAAUACAAAUUCAAAGAUCAGGAGCUUAAUCCAAGGAUCAUAGAGGGUGGGCCAAUCCUGCCCAAGAAACCCCCUGUGAAAGAGCCCACACAGCCUAUUGGAUUUGACUUGGAAAUUGAAAAAAGGUUUCAGGAGCGAGAGAGCAAGAAACAGCAGGAGGAAGAGCAUUUUGAAUUCCAUUCCAGACCAUGUCCAGCUAAAAUCUUGGAGGAUGUUGGGGGUGUUCCAGAAAAGAAGCCCCUUCCUGUUACAGUUCCUAAAUCCCCAGCCUUUGCAUUGAACAACAGAGUCCAAAUGCCUACUAGAGAGGAAGAAAAGGGAGAGGAGGUGGUCCCAGUGAUCAAAGCUAACCCCAUGCCACUCUAUGGAGUGCCCUUCAAACCUAAAGCCCCCAAGCAGAGGCAUGUGGAAGUGUGCCCCUUCUCUUUCGAUUCUCGUGACAGAGAGAGGUGGCUGCAAAAGGAAAAAAAAAUAGAAGAGCUGCAAAAAGAGAAGGUACCAAAGUUCAAAGCACUACCCCUGCCUCAGUUUGACCACAUCAACUUGCCACAAAAAAAAGUGAAGAAUGCAACACAACCAGAGCCCUUCCGUCUGCAGACAGAUGAACGGGGAGCUACCAAGUUGCAGAAUUGGCAGCAACAGAUCAAAGAAGACCUGAAACGGCAGAAAGAGGCAGCGUGUUUCAAAGCUAAUCCAAACAUUGUUGUGCACCAGGAGCCUUUUGUGCCAAAGAAGGAUACCAAGCCAAUGUCAGAGAACCUUUCUGGUUCCAUAGUUGCUGAAAGCUUCGAGCUAGCGACAGAAAAGAGAGCAAAAGAACGUCAAGAGUUCGAAAAGCGACUGGCUGAGUUGGAAACCGAAAAAGAGAAGCUUCACGAAGCGGCCAGACAGCUGGAGGCCGAGCGGGAGAAAGAAGAACUCUCCAGGCUGAGACAAGAACUGGUACACAAGGCAAACCCAGUUCGCAAGUACCGCCGUCUGGAGGUGAAGCCAAGUGACCAGCCUCUGACCGUGCCAAAGUCUCCGAACUUUUCCGACCGAUUUCAGAGUUGAUAUGCACCAAUGUGUCGGAGCCCUCCUUUCCCAGCCGCUUGGGUGUAGAGAAAAA